UGAAAAACACCGACAAACAGCUUUUCAAGAAAUAAAUAUUGAUAUUGUAUUAAUUUAUAGUGAAUCGCUUAGUUGCGCGUUUCUCAUAGUUGGAGAUUUGCCAAUUUUCAUGUCCCUCAGAUUUAUCUUGAGAAGAGAUUUUGCAUGUGUGUUGAAGUCGAGUGCUUUUUAUUUUCGCAAUUUCCAUAAGUUUAUUGGAAGAAUGAAACACGUGAAACUUUCGCAAACAGCUGAUUUGAUGCCCACACUGGGUUUAGGAACAUGGCAGGCAUCGCCCGAAGUGAUAGAGUCUACCGUGUACAAAGCACUGGAUUUAGGGUACAGGCAUAUUGAUACCGCUUUCAAUUACAAUAACGAGGAGGCUAUUGGUAAUGCCAUAAAGAAAUGGAUUGAUGAUGGAAAAGGUACGAGGAAGGAUCUGUUUAUCACCACAAAGCUGCCACACGUAGGAAAUCGUGCCUCAGACGUGAAGAAGUUCCUAGACCUGCAGUUAAAGAGACUUCAGAUGGACUAUGUGGACUUGUACUUGAUUCAUGUACCAUUUGGAUUCCAUUGCGACGCAGAGACGCUGACACCUGUAGUAAAUAGCAAUGGGGAAUAUGAUCUGGAUUUGGACACUGACCAUGUUAGCACUUGGAAGGUAAUGGAGUGUUGCCAAAAGGAAGGUCUCAUCCGAAACUUAGGCUUAUCAAACUUCAACGAAGCUCAAAUAGAGAAGAUAAUCGACGAGUCGACGGUAAAGCCGCAGGUUUUGCAGGUGGAGUUACAUGCUUACUUCCAGCAAAUGGACCUGAGGAAGUUCUGCUCAGAUCAUGAUAUUGUAGUCACGGCCUAUGCCCCUUUAGGGAGUCCGGGCGCGAAGGAUCAUUUUGUUAACAAGUAUAAUUAUAGCCCUGAUGCGUUCCCAGAUUUGCUGGGGCAUCCAGAGGUAAAUGAAAUCGCCAAAAGCCAUGAGAAAACGCCUGCUCAAAUAUUGCUUCGGUAUUUAGUCCAACAAAGUGUUGUAGUGAUACCGAAAAGCACCAGCGAUAAAAGGCUUAAGGAAAACGCAUCUUUAUACGAUUUUGAAUUGACGCCUUACGAAAUUAACAAACUGAAGAAAUUGGACCGAGGAGAGGACGGUCGUAUAUUUAAUUUCCUAUUUUGGAAGGGUGUGGAGAACCACCCCGAGUAUCCGUUUAAGUUUUUAACAUUGGCGGCUGACACAAAAUAAUUUCUCAUUUAAAUUUACAUACGCACAGUAGCAGAGGCAUUUCUUGUCCUUAGUGCAUCCUUCUAGUUCUAUGAAUCGUCAUUAAGUAGUCAACGUUAUCGCAUCGUUAUUACAUUUGAUUACUAUCGAAUUAUAAUUUAUGUACGUAGUAAACGAUCAAGUAGGUCAGCAAAUAUUAUGGGUAAUUUACGUUUUCAUAAUUUCACUGCCAAUGUCUAAUUUUCUGAACCUAUAUAAAAAAAAACGUUUAUUUUCAUGCAUUAAAGUAAUUAAUGCAAGCUGCAAAAAAGUUCUGCUAAAAGCUAAACAUGGAAAGCGUAAUGAAAAGGUAAUAUAAUUAAGGUUACUUCGUUUAAGUUCGUAAAAUCAAGAACAGAUUUGCCUCAAAAGUUUUGAAGAAGUUCCAAUCUCAGUCUUAAGCGGCGAUGUCAUGACUAAACUGAAUUAAGUAAGCAGAGGUUAUGGUCGUAUUGAAGCGAAUACGCGUUUUAAUGCGAAUAAGAAAAGAUAAUACCUCAAAAAACAAGAUAGUAGCUUUGAAUAAGCAUCAUAAGUUAUCGAAAAAGCGAUGCUACAAGUAAACGAAUAAGCGGUUAAGACUUUCAGAAAGCGAUAGCUUGGUGAGAUUUAAUGAAAUGCGUUGAAAUAAUCUAUAGAUGCGAAGUCACGCGACCUCGAGACGAACGACAAUAAUUUACAUUUAUAUACAGAAUAACUAUAAAUAAACAGUAACCUGAUUUGCCAACGUUUCGGGUAGCGUGGCAUUAUAGUAAGUGGCGUGGUGUGGCAUGUUGGCAGGUGUCUUGGUUUGGUACAAGAUGGCGUGGCGUGGAUGGUUGGCAUAACAUGUUGUAGGAUAGCUUGGUGCGGUGAUGGAUGGCGUAGCGUGGUAAUGAAUAGCGUGGCGUGUUAACAGGUGUCGAGGCGUAGUACAGGGUGACGUGGUGUGUUGAAGGAUGAGGUAUAGGAUGGCGUGGUGUGGUGUGGUGUGGUGUGGUGAUGGAUGGCGUAACGUGGUAAUGAAUAGCGUGGCGUGUUAACAGGUGUCGUGGCGUAGUACAGGGUGGCGUGGCGUGUUGACGGAUAGCUAUACGUGUUUACGGAUUGCGUGGUCAGGUGACGUAUUUACGUUUUACCCCCAUGAUGUUCUAGUCAAAUAUUACCUCUUCUACUUUAGCUUAAAACUGUUACGCUUACAUUAUCGUAUCUUAAGUUAAGUCAGAGACUCACAAGCUCAGUUUAACUGACGCGAGAAGAUGAAGUCUGAAAGUUGAAUGUGAUUCAAUAUUUUGUUUGUAAAAUUAGAAGAAUUCCUGAGUCGAUUUACGCCUAGUUUAACCAUUCCUAAUAAAUAUACGUAUGACGUAAAUAUAUGAUGUAUAUUGUAUGUAUA